AAAUUAUUCGCUUUUCCCACAAUGUCGCAGCUCGAAGAAGAUCCACCACCUGACAACAAAGUGUUUAUAUGAAAAAUUCAUCUAAAAUGUUUAUUUCUAGGUCUUGAGAUUGAAUUAAAAAAUCGUCCAGAUGGUAUGAGAAUACGCAAAACCUAACACGAAAGUCGGGUUUGUGAUAAACUUGCAUUACGGGCGGAUUCCAACGAAUGAGUGAAAGGAGAUAUCAAAUGGUGAGGAUUGGUACAAGCUUAGAGCCUCAUCUAUCAAGUACAGAGAAACCUUCAGAAGAUGUCUAAGAUUGAGCGUCUGAACGCCCGUGUGGCCAAGCUACUGACUGUGGCUGUGAAUGAGGUUCUGGAGGUGGUGAAAGAGACAGUAUCUGAGUACCAGGAGAAAACAGCCAGAACCCAGAGAGAAAACGAGAGCCUACGGAGGAGACUGCAGGAACUCCAGGACAAGAUGAAGAGAGAGAGCACAGGAGCUGGACAGACACUGGGCGUCCAGCGUGAGCUGCAGAAUUGUAAACAGGAGUUUCCCCUGGUUGAGGACACUGAACUUUUCCCAUCUGAAGAGGAGUUAACUGAGAUUCUGUCACCAGAAACACAAGAUGGACUCACAGGUGAAAGACCUUUUGGGAGCCAGGCUUUUGCCUUUCCCCCUCCUCCAAGUUUGAAAAAGAACAGAUCAGUCCACUCAGCAUGUGGUCCAAGGAGCAUGCGGAUUGAAGAGCGUCGAGAGCUGACCACAUUAAGUCAAGAAUUGGAUCUUAAAUCAGAUGUAGGACAUGAUACACUUGUGAAGGAGCAUCACACUCUGGACGCUGAUACUGCUCUGUCAGAAACCAUAUCGAAUCAUUUGAACUCCACUCACACAGCUUCUCACUCACAUUUCCCAAACAGUUCCCCUCAGGCCCCUCAACCUCUGUUGACUUUUGAGGAGAUCAAAACAGAAUCUGAAGUGGAGGAGUAUGCCACAUAUUCAACACCAAAGCAUUUUUACAAUGGUGCAGGCACAAGCCACAGUUUACCGCAGACCGAUCUCAAUGGAGAGCCUCUUCAACCAAACUCAGGGUCUUAUGAACUGGUAUGCUUCCAGCCAAACGGCUCGGGGGAACCAUUUGCACUGGGAAACAAUGCUGAACUGGCAUUGGACCGAUUUGAAGAGGAGCACAACACCCUUCCGUUCAGGAAAUCUUUUGGUGGAGCAGGAGGCUUGAGAAUACUCCAGCGACAUCUGAGUAGAGAAAAGCGCUACUGCUGCCCUCUGUGUGGCCGUUGCUUUAGUCAUGCAGGUGACUUUAAAAAACACAAAAGGGUCCACACUGGUGAGAAGCCAUAUUGUUGUUCAGUGUGCGGAAAACGCUUCAGUCAGUCAGGCUACCUGAAAAUACACCAACGGUACCAUACUGGAGAGAGGCCAUAUGGCUGUACUCAAUGUGGGAAACGUUUCAGUCACUCUAGUAAUUUCAAGAAGCAUCAGCUGACUCAUCUGGGAUCAGUGCAAAUCAUGGCGAAAAUUGAGCGUCUAAAUGCCCGUGUGGCAAAACUGCUGACUGUGGCAGUGCAUGAGGUUCUGGAGGUGGUGAAAGAGACAGUAUCUGAGUACCAGGAGAAAACAGCCAGAACUCAGAGAGAAAACGAAAGUCUACGGAGGAGACUGCAGGAACUCCAGGACAAGAUGAAGAGAGAGAGCACAGCACAAUCAUCCACUCCUACAGCCAUUUCAGGUAAAACUGAGCAGGAGGAGGAAAGCAAAGGCAGCCCUAGGCCGAGGCAGCACGACCUUGAGUCUACACAGGAGGAUGACAAACCGGUGCUCACUCGGAAACCAUGGAGGAGACGGGAGGAAGAGUACAAUGACUCACUUGAACUAGACCAAUUAGGGGAAUCUGAGACUGAGUGUAACGUCACACAGUCUUUAGCUGAGAACAGCGGUGUGGUUCCUGAGAGGUUGUCACAGGUGACCGAGGCAGCUGUGACGGUAUACAUGCCUCACUCACUAUGUGAUACUGACCUGGACUCCAUUCCCUCAAGGCAUAUGUCCUCCAAUGUUUUGUCCCAAAGCCAUCCCAGCUCUUCUCCUCCUCACCCAGGCUUGUCCUCAGGUCAAAUCAAAACCGAACCCGAGCACCUAGAUUAUUCCUCAGUUUCCCGUGAGCCCCCAGACCAGAACCCGUUUGAGUGCGGAGACUCGGAUAGCAGCUCGACGCAGAACGACAGCGCCCUAGAACCAAUGCAGGACCACCCUGAAGUGCAGGGCAUAGUGCACUACAUCAACGCGGAAGGCCUGAACACCUUUGUGGAUGCAUUUCCCUUCGAGUGUCACCCGGAGUUGGUCCAGGACACCAGACGACAACACCGGCCUCUUCUUAGGCGCGAGGAGAGCCACAGCUGUAUCCUGUGUGGAAAGACGUUCAGCCGGAUCGGGAAUCUUCGGAUCCACCAGCGCUGUCACACAGGGGAGAAGCCCUACUGCUGCCUGCACUGUGGGAGGCGGUUCAGUCAUGCUGGGAACCUGCAGAAACAUAAGAGGGUCCAUACUGGGGAAAGGCCGUAUGGUUGCCAACAGUGCGGCAAGACUUUUAGUCAGUCCAGUCACCUGAAGAAGCAUCAGAGAAUUCACAUUGUCAGGCAUCUUAGUGUUGGGUGAUGUUUUAGGCUGACAUAUUUUGGUUAUUUGAUUCAUUGUCUAAUUGAAGUGCAUUUGGUGAAACUUGGCCUGUUUUAAUGGCAUACGUUUGAUUUCUGGUGCACGCCCAAAGAAUAGCCUUGCUGAACUAGACAACACUAACUUUUGGGGUUUAUAAUUGGGACUAGUUGGUGUAACUAAGAUGCUUCUGUCCCUCACCUUGCCCCAACUCGUUCUAGUACCAGGGACCCUCUGAAAAUACAGACAACAAUCCUCCACAAAGUUUUACUUACUGUUCCACAAAAGCGAGUGAAAUGACUAUGUUAGGGUGUCUGCUGGGGAUGUAACUGAUUGAAUGCUGUUAGUGUGCACAGCUAACUGGUGAGACACAUUUUCACUACACAUUAAACCCUCUCUCCUCCGCAUUAAUCCCAGAAGCUGGGCAAAACCCCUAAACAGACUUAAUCUGUCGCUCUCAUCUCCUGGAUCCAACCAGACACCCUCUAAAUCGACAACUGUGAUAACCAUCGCUCCACCACGCUACAGCUCAGUCUCAGAGUCAGUGACAUCACCUAUUGAAUGCUAUCAGCACAAAGCUAACUAGCUAACCAUUUCACAUUGGCAACAAUGGCAGAGAUGAGGAUGAGAACAGCAACUGUAGUGCCAACCACAUUACUGCACUAACUGUACCAACUCUUGGAAGUGUAUGUAAAAUUCUUACCAAGGGUAAGGAUGGCUCAUUACAAUGUAUAUUUGAUUGACAUAAGCAUGGACCACUAAAUGGAAGAACAGGGUUCUGGAGAUAUCGGGUCAAAUAUAUGUAUGAUUAGUCAAUGUGUGACUUCCUUUAAAUCUUAUUCACAGGCUCAUUUGAUAGUUCACCCAAAUAACAAAAUCAUCUGUUGGUUUCCUUACUCAUGGAAAUGUGAUUGCAAUCCAUGAUUGACAUUUUGUUUCCCUGGUACUGUUUCAAAAUCGUAAUGUUUUAGGGUUUGUUGCAACAAAUUCAAUACAAGUUACUAAUCAGAGAUUUUUGAGCCAACCUUUUUAUUUGAGUGAAACAUUUUAAUGGGAAAUCUGACGGAAACUGCAAGUUUGUUGGUAAAGCUACAUUUAUUGGAUGAAGAGUUUGGGUAUUACUCUGUGAAUUAAUGCAAGAAAGGAGUGUGAAAAUGCUUAAAUUAUAAAUACCAUUACAUUUAUUCAUGUAACGUUUUGUGUGGUCCACUCAUUGCAACAUGGGGUAAGCUUACAGUUUAUUAGGCUCACGAUGGAGUUAGUUAAGAUGAACUUCACCAGGUGGUAAUAUUCCACAGUGGAAUAUGCUCCUUUCCAAUAAGUCUUUUCAGCCAUUCCUUGUAUUUGACCUAUUCGAGAGUUACCUAUCCUGAUUAGACUUGAGUGUUUAAUAACUCGAAAAUACAAAGGCUCUUAAUCUGUUGAUAUGACGACUGAUGCUUGGCUGUCAUUUUACACAAUCCUGUGAAUAUCCAUAAAACGACUUGAACCCCUAAUUUUUAUGUGCAACAAUUCAGGUGAAUGGAAAAACACUCAUGGGGAAAUUUUCAUCUUUCCUUUAGGCAUGUAUGACAAUGUGUUAAAAUUGAUUGCAAGUUGAUGGAAACCUAGCUAUUGUUACUUAAAGCUUUGUUUUGCUUUGAUGUAAUUUUGUUAUUUGGGUGAGCUCUAAUCAGUGCAGGAAACAUUUGUACAGAUAGUAUUUCAGAACGAUUUAUAUUUUUUGCUAACUUAUCAAUACAUUCAAUAUUCAUAUUAGUAUCUUCACAUAAUUCCCUGUAAUCCAUUGUUUGCUGUUGGAAUGAAUAUUUUAUUUAUAAAAAUAGAAUAAAGCAAUUAUUCAUCAAUUUAAAAGUA